CAGACAGCAGACAGCAGACUUUACUAUGUUAGAGUGUAUAUACUGGUACAUAGUACUGGUUUUUCCAUUAUAAACAGUUUCAAGUUUCAGUAGAACUGCACAAAAUACCUUUAUUUAUUAAGUUUAAAUAAUUCAAUGGCAGACGAUAUUGUAUUUGAACUACUACACUCGGAAAUUAUAAAUUAUGCAUUAGAACAAGUUAAGGAUGUUACUAAGAAUAAGGACACAGAUUUAUCUGUUGUGGAGUAUAUUGGCUUUGCUGCAGGAUAUAAAAUUAUGGAAAGGCUAACUAGAGAAUGGCCAAGAUUUAAAGAUGAAUUAGACACAAUGAAGUUCAUCUGCACUGAUUUCUGGACAUGUAUUUAUAAGAAGCAGAUAGAUAACUUACGUACUAAUCAUCAGGGAGUAUAUGUAUUACAAGAUAAUGCAUUUCGUUUCCUCACAAACUUCUCUAAUGGACAGCAGUACUUAGAAUUUGCACCUAGGUAUGUUGCUUACACUUGUGGACUUAUAAGAGGUGGAUUAGCCAAUCUUUGCAUCAAUAGUGUUGUAACAGCUGAAGUUCAGGCAAUGCCUUCAUGUAAAUUUCAUAUUCAUGUCCAGAGAACUUAAGUACCUAGAAGAAGAAACUUUGGAAGACCUAAUUUCCAUUACAGGUUGUCCAGCUUAUUCUUAAAAACAGAAUCAUUCUAAUUGCAUCAAUUUAACUAAAGCAAUCAUCUGCCCCCUUUCACCAUAGUGUAAACACAAUUUGACAUAAAAAGACAAGAAAUCUUAAGUAAAUAAAAGCAAUUAAACUAAUUUAUUUAUUUAUGAAUAAGGGGGUGCAUGUAUAUAUAUAUAUGAAUGUCUUAAUACUAAAAGGGCACUUGUCCCCUAUUUAUUUCUGAAUGAAAAUGUACAGGAGAUAGAAAUAACUGGAUAGUUUUUAAAAGAAUGAAGAUACAAACUUGGUUUUUAUGUAUGCUAUUGAGAAUGUACAUGACAACAUAAUCCAUAUUAAAAAGUUGCAUAUUUCUCUGUGAAUGCUUAAAAACAGCCCUAAAAAUAUCAUGGACAAGUUACCCUUUAGUAAUUAGGUAUGUAUUACCAUGGACUUGUGCUCUUUUACCACUUAAAUAGUAAUCAAUCUAAGUAAUAUUUAAAUAAAAUCAAACACAAAUUUAAUCAAAAAAGUUAUAAUGUAUUCGUUAACCAUCUAUAGUUAUCACCUAUUAGUUUUAUUCUAGUAUAAUUCUUCUUAUUCUAGUUUUAUUCUUAUUAUUCUACAGGCCAAUUAUAAAUGCUAUUCCAAAAUGACAGGUAUUCUUCUGGACAAGUGCCGUUUUAGUAUUUAGUUAAAAUAGACAAGUUGCUCACUGUUCUUGUAAAGGGCGGACAAGUGCUGUUUCGACAGAAAACGGUGUAGAUAUGUGUUGACUAGUGAUUAAAGCAUAAAAAAAAAUUGGGUUAAAAUGUGACAUGUGCCCUUUUAGUAUUUAGACAUUCAUAUAUAUUGUUUAUUUUGUUGUUAACUCUUAAACUGUAUUCAUUGUGUUACAUACCAUUUAUUCCUAGGCAAAUAAACUUUUUGCCAUAAUAUUAA